CUAUCUGCUCCACCGUAAACCCUCGCUACUUCUUCCCCUACUUUAGCUCCCACCACCGAUCGUAGCCGACCAUCCACCUACCCCUACUCGUUCUUCCCGACUCGUGUACACAAUCGCAGAAGCGCGGAAAAUUCGAAAGACUAGAGUUAAUUAUAACGACUCGGACAAGAGGCUUGCCUCUUCAACUGAUUGGUUUGUUCCGUGUUCAUUGACUACGAUUUUCUUAUGUGAUGCACGCUUCUUUGAAUAUAAACUAACUCCCACAUACGUAUGUAUGUAUCGACGAUUCAGUUUCUACUGUUUUAUAAAUUAUAAAUCUUUUUACACAAUUGAUCGUGAAACUAUUCAAUAUAUAAAUAAGUAUGGAUAUUUGGUUUCUGAAAAAUUACACAUCGUAUGAAAAAAAUAUAAAUUAUAUAACUCGAUAUUAAUUUUUGAUGUACAUACUUAUUAUAUUUUUAUUCUACGAUGAUAAUUAUUUCAAUGUCAAAAAUAAUAUAAACUAGCUUCAAUCCCGAAUUGUCCGUGUAAUACAUUUAUUACGCGUAUUUGUACGUAAGAGCGUAGAAAAUUGAAAGAUGAAGCUUAAUUAUAUUCUCCGACUGGCGACUAACUUGUUUCGAUCGUCGUUUUUCUUAUUUAUCGUCUCCUUGAACUCAAAUUACAAUAAAUUUGAUUGCGUUACAUUUAAAGAUUUAUUAUUAGAACGCGAAAUUUAAGACUGUCUUGUAUACAAUUGUAUUACCGAUUUCACAAUAUAUUGCUGAUUCAUGAACGACUGUAUUGAAUCAUUAUGCACUAAUGUAAAAUAGUUGCUUGUCAUGCUUUUGCAUAUGCAAACUUAAACCGAUCACUUAAUGAAUAAAUUAUAACAAAAUGAAUAAAGAAUUUUAAAAUCAUAUAUAUAUAUAUAUAUAUAUAUAUUAUUUGAAUCUGAUAAGAAUGAAUUAAUACUUUUGCAUAUGCAAAACCGAUCACUUAAUGAAUAAAUUAUAACAAUGUGAAUAAAACAGAUUGUAUAUAUAUGAUUUUAUUUGAAUCUGAUAAGAAUAAAUUGUCAAUGGAAGUGUUAGUCAGAAUAUAGAUAAUUCAAAGUUUCCGCGAUUUAUAUAACUCGAUUAUUUAUACGAGCUCUGCUCCAAUAAGAUUGUUCUACGAUUGUGAUUGGUGAGAAGACGUUCUCGAAAAACUGUUUAUUAUGAAAACGUUAUUCUCUCUCCAAUCAGUUUGCACAAGGAUUAAUAAAAGGUAAUGUCUGUCUGUUCUAUUCGACAAAAGUUGGUAACUAUUCUUUAUAACCUCUAAAAUAGAAUUGAAGAGUGAAAACGUUUAAUUCGGAUAAUUAAGAUUUUUCUUGAAAUGUCGGGGAAAAAAGUUUUUAAAGAGUUUUUAAUUUUACGUAAAAGAUAUAUUUCUUAAAAUGACCGACUGGUCUUUUUUGAUUGUGCAGUGCAAUCAUCAUGUGUUUCCGCAUUUGUUAUGUAGAUGCGGUACUGCUCGGUUUAGUAUGCAUUCCUAUAAUGCUCGUGCAUGUAUGUGCGGACCCAGAUUCACUGCAGCAUACAUGAUUAUUAUCAAAUAGAACGUGAAAUGCAUGUGACUUGGAGGAAAAAGGUGAUUCGACCUGUGCAUUCAACCAGUAAUUGAUUUACGAUACAUUUCAACGUAUCAUCAACAAUUCCAAUGAGAUAUAAAAAUCUUUCUGUAUUUUAACAACGAUUAAAAUCAUUGUAAUUAAUAUAUGUUGUAAUAUAAAAGUAUAAACUAUUACAGAAAUAAAAUAAUAUGAAUUAUUUUUCAAAAUUUAAUUAUACGAAUGAGGUUAUUCUAAUAAUAAAUUACAUACAUGUAUAAAAUUCAGAUGAAUUUAAAACGUGUAUUAAAACGAUAUACCGAAAUGAAUUCUUUUUUCUUUGAAUCGAAUCUAUCAGAUAUUCAGUUCUAUAGAAAAUUACGUAUAAUAUUUCGAUUAAGUAAAAAUACGAUAUAUUCCGAUAAGUUUCAUUCAGUAUUUUACAAUCGUUCAUUGAGAAUAUCGCGUUUGUAUCUAAAGGUAAUUGACUUCCUGCGCACGCGAUCUUUUUCAUUAAUAGACAAUGUUUGCAAUUACUUAUUAAUCAUUCUUUUAUAUAUAUAUAUAUAUAUUUAAUUAGAAAGAAAGAAAUUAUUUAGCACUUCCAAAUCGUUUAAUUUAAUUCUUUUCUUUAAAAGAAAAAAACUUAUUUAUAGUAAAUUAUCUAUGAAUCAUUAUUGCAAAGGAAGAAAAAGAAGAAAGAAUUGAAAAAAUAAAAAUUCAAAUAAAAUAGUAGAUGAUGAUUUUAUAAAAUUCAAAAAUUUUAAUAAAUUUUUAAAUUUUUAAAAAAUAUGAGACAAUAUUUAUAGAAAUGAUGUUUAAAUAAUAUUGUAUUAGACAUACAACCAGUAUUAAAACGAUUUCGAAUACGAGCAAGAUUGCAUGGCGUUGCUACUUUCGCUGGUGGGCAUAUUAUUUGCAUAGAUGCGUUUAUAUGGAACGCAGAGAUACACAUAGAGGUGAGAGAGUGCGAUACGGCAUAGAACAUAUCCGCGACUUCAUUCCUCACGACGGCGCGAAUCGAUAAACGGCGACCAUCACGCAACACACAAACCCAUCCUCGCCAACCAUCCCGACCUCGACGACCGGCUGCACCAUUCCCCGGAUCGUACGGCAUCUCUACACAUCUUGUUACCAUUAAAGUAAACAGAGCUUUCGAUGCAUCGGUACACUCAACAAUUACAUAACCUAUAAAUUUUCCUUUCUUCGAAUAUAUUUUUACCAAACGAAAGGAUAAACUCAAAAAUUUGGGAGGUCAAGUAUACGAAACGAGAAAAACGUGACAGAUUUACUAAAGAACAAUCCAUUCGAAGCAAGUAUUCGAGUACCUAGAAAUGAGGUUAUUCUAGAUGGUAUGUAAAAGCAGUGAAUGCGAAUCAUUACUAUUUGCAUUCAUAAUAGUUGCAAGUUACUUAGAUAUAAUCGUUAUUUUAGAUAAUAUAUAAUGUAUGCGUUUGUAUAUUAGAAAUAGAAUACAUAAAAUUAAUAAAAACAACUGUGUUCUAUAAAUAUUAUUAAAUUAAUACAAAAAUAUAAAAUAUAUAAAUAAAUAUUAAAAAAAAUUUUGUAUAACUUUUAUAAAUAUUUUCUAAAAUUUUGUAUAUAUUUUUAAUUUAAUUUUACAUAAUAUUGUUAUAUUAUAAUGUUCAAAAAAAAUAUUUAAGAAAAUAUUUCAUCGAUUUUUAUAAUUUAUACGAUGAAAUUUUUUUUAGAAGCAUUUAUUAAUCUUUUUAUAAAUCAAUAUAUUUUUUAUAUUUAUCAAAUCCAUAAAUUUAUUUCCAAUAAAAUAAAUGAUAGAUUAAAUAUAUAUACUAUUUAUCAUAUUUCAUAAUUGAAAAUAAGUCUUGUCAUAAUCAAAAGCAUAUGCUUCUGUAAAAUAACACAGAACGCCAUUCUAUAGUAACUAAAAAUCGUCAAAAGUUUGGCGCGAAAACAAAGUGCGCAUGUAAGAAAAGUGGCGGACUAGGUGGAGCUGGCAGCGCAGUGAAAACAGAAACCCAAACCGGUCAUGGAGGCUAGUUAACGACUGUGCGCCGCGCUUGUGAAUAGUAAUUUCACCAAGAUAUUGUGUAAUUUACGCGGACGCUAGAGAAUCGACUGAAAGAUUGCCGGUUUAAACGAAAAUGGGUGCAUACUUGUCAGAACCGAUUACGAAGAAAGUGUCGAGCGAUGAAGUGGGCAAGAAUGUCGCAUUCGGCGCGAGUUCCAUGCAAGGCUGGCGAAUUAGUCAAGAGGAUGCACAUAAUUGUUGCAUAGAUUUUGAUGAAAAUGUUUCAUUAUUUGCUGUAUAUGAUGGCCAUGGUGGUCAUGAAGUAGCAACUUAUUGUGCAAAUAAUUUACCAGAUUUUAUUAAACAAACUGAUGCAUAUAAAAAGGGAGAUAUAAGACAAGCUUUAAUCGAUGCCUUUCUGGGCUUUGAUGCUACACUUGAAAAAUCUGAGGUAGUUAGUAUUCUCAAAGAACUUGCAGGAACAUCUACUUCAGAUAAGAAAAAAGAAGAAUUAAAUGAAUCUGAUGAAGAAGAAAAUGUUAAUAAUCUAUGUAUGGAGGCAACAAUGCCAUUGGAAGAAGUAAUAGCAAAAUAUCAAUCAGAAUCAAAUCCUAAUGUAAAAAAUGAAAAAUGUAAUAAACGAGUAUGUUCUGCAAGUCCUUAUCUACGUGGUCGAAGAGGUAAAGAAAAAGCAACUUCUUCAUCAUCUGGUGCAGGAUGUUCAUCAUCUUCGUCUUCGUGGAAUACAAAUGAAACUGAUGUGAGUAGUUCCAGUCAACCAUGUGGAUCAACUUUAUCCAGUACAAUGGAAAGAAAAGAAUCAGAAUGUCCUGGAAACAAUGAAGCUGAACAAGUUCUUGAUUCAACUACCAGUAAUGGAAAUGCACAUGCAUCUACACCUGUAGGAUCUACAGCAGAUGUAGAAAUAACAAAAAGUGCAGAUAUGCCAGAUAGUUCUGAAGAUGUAAACAAGGAAGUAACAAGUCCUGGUAAAAUUACAUCUAUAGAAUCAAAUGCAAAUGAAGUAGAAAUAAAUGGUGCGGAAUCAAAGCAAAUUGGAGAUGCAGAUAGUAGUAAGGGUGGAGGAGAUAAUGUUUCAAGUAGUUCAUGUAUCCCCAUAGAAAAUGGAGAUGCAGGACAACAAGAACGGAUAACUAGUACGGGUAGAAGAAGAAUUCAACCUGUUACAUUAUAUCAUACUCUCUUAAAAAAAGAUAGUGAAGUUUCUGAAGAUGAUGAUGAUGAUGAAAAUGAUGAAACAUUUGAUGGAAUUCCAGAAAGUUUUAGUGAUGAAGAUGAUAUAGAAGAUAUUGAUGAAGAUGAAAGUGAUGAAGAUGAAGAUGAAGAAGAUGAAGAUGGAGAUGGUAAUAUUGAUGAUGAUGAUGAUGAUGAUGAUAGUGAAAGUCUUAUGAUGGAUACAGAAGAGCCAGGUUACGAUAGUGGAUGUACUGCAGUAGUUGCAAUUUUAAAGGACAAUGAAUUAUAUGUGGCAAAUGCUGGAGACUCCCGUUGUGUUUUAUGUAGAGAUGGUCAGGCUAUUGAACUUAGUUUAGAUCAUAAACCUGAAGAUGAACCAGAAAUGGAACGUAUAGUAAAAGCUGGUGGAAAAGUUACAGCAGAUGGUAGAGUAAAUGGUGGCCUUAAUUUAUCAAGAGCACUUGGGGACCAUGCUUACAAACAAAAUGCAGACUUGCCACCACAAGAACAAAUGAUUUCUGCUCUUCCUGAUGUGAGGCAUAUUACAAUUGAACCAGAAAGAGAUGAGUUCAUGGUGCUUGCUUGUGAUGGUAUUUGGAAUUUCAUGUCAAGUCAAGAUGUUAUACAAUUUAUUCGCGCUCGUUUAACUCAAAAUUAUGAAAAAUUAUCAAAAAUUUGUGAAGAGCUAUUUGACCAUUGUCUUGCACCUGAUACCUGUGGAGAUGGUACAGGAUGCGACAAUAUGACAGCUGUAAUAGUACAAUUUAAUUCAUCGACUAAUGCUGUAAUGAAUAGUACUAUUACUGAUGUAUGUACUGUUAAAAGAUCACUGUCGCCAUCUAUAUCGACAGAAGAAAAUAAUGAUUGUAUCAUACAAGAUGAUACAAUGAAAUCUUGUAAACGACUUAAAACUGAAGCAACUAUAUGAGAAAUGUGUUAAAUAUUAUAAACUGUUAUAAUCUCUGGAAACAGAUGAGUGAAUGUGAAUUUAUGUAAAAUUAUGUAAUUCUAUAAAAAAAAAAAAAAAAAAAAAUGUGAAUUUUGAGCGGAUACUCAAUGGUGAUCGAUACCAGUUACUUUAAAUAUCAUGUAAAGUAUGUUAUAGCUGGCUAUUGAAGGCAGACUGAUAAAUUGGAGCAAAUGAGAAUGAUACUUUGCUACUAAUAUUUCAAUAUUAGUAAUUUUAUUUGACAUAAAAACUAUGCUUUUUUUUCAAAAUCAAUUAUUUUCAAAACUACACUUAUUAUUUGAUAGUGUACUAUAUAGUCUAACAUUUUAAUAAUAUCAUGUACAAAAAGAUAUAAACAGUCAUAUGAACGAUUCUGUAUUAUAUAAUAAUAGAUAUUUCACUUCAUAAAUACUUUCUAUAAUAAUGAUAAGAUAGAUGAUAAGUAUAAAUAAAAUCAAUCUGAAAUCAUUUAUUAAAUCAAAGCCUUGUAAGAUUUUAUAUAAAUAACAUAAGGUAUCAUAAUAAUUAGAUUAAAAAUAAAUUUUUUAAGUUCUAAAUUUUUCAAAUGAUUUUUGACAUUUAGAUAUUUUCGUUAUUUUAUUUUUUUAUUAAACAAAAUUAUGUCAUCCCAUUUGCUCCAUUAAUGUCUAUGAAAUAUACUCUUUGAGUUUUUAGAUAACAUUCAUAGUAGAUAUGUAAUUGUACAUAUUUAUAAAUUUAGAUUAUAGAAUUUAUAUUUGUAAUUCAACACGAUACCAUUUCUUACUUUUACGAAAUAAACUUUAUUUUUGAAUCCCUGGGUAUAGUGGUUGAAUGGAUGGGUGUGCGAGUAGUCUUAAAAUGUGUAAACUGUAUUGUGUAAUGAAGACAGUUGCGUAUUACGCAUUGCUAAUUUGUGAUCUUGUACUAAAAAUAUUGUUAAAAGAGUAUGUACUAUGUUACAGAAUACUAUCUACUUAAAAUAUUUAACAUUUUUUUUAAAUAUCUUACAGCAUGAGAUAUUUUGUAAAUUUAUGACAACAUAAAAAUAAUAUUUUAAAAAAGAACAAUAAAAUAGAUUAAAUUUAAAUAUAUUUAAACAUACAAACAUUUUGAAAAUUAAUAAGAUAUGUAUUAAAAUUAAAAAAAAUUAAUUUAUCGUAAGAAAUAUGUAAAAAGUAAGGGUGAAAAAAAUAUUUAAAUUAUUUAUAUGUUUUUAAGAAAUACAUGCUUUAUUUUAAUCAAAUUAUUGUACCUAUAUUAUAUGCUUAUAUCGUUUUUCAUUUUAUAUAAUUAAUGAAAUUCUUUUUCUAUAUAAUUAGAAUAUAUAAGUAAGAAAAAUUUUUAAUAAUUAAGCUCUAACAACUUGAUAAAUUUUUUUAUCUUCAAGUCAUUUUCAUUAUAUCACUAUUUCACCAAUAUAAUAAGGACAACGACUGUCUAUUCAUAAAACAUAUAAAGUUUAUAUUCGAUAAAAUAAUAUAGAUGUUAGAUAAAUAAUUAAUAUAAAUUGAUCACCUGCGAUAUCUUAAGAUUGCUUCAAGUUUUAUAUUGUUAUUUAUCUUCUGCAACCGUAUGCUCACGUGUAAUUGCGGCUGUUAGUAGAUAGUAAUUAUAUAACAAUAUUGUUUAUAAUUAUAAAAGAAAAGCAAUCGCGCAAUUUUUAUGAAAAAGAAAAAUAAUAUUAUUAUCAAAAUGAUUAUUAGUAUAUUAAUAUUAGAAACAUAUGUAGAAUGAUUCAGAAUUAACUAAUGUGCCUUUCUGAUUCAGGGGUUCAGAACCUUCACGAUAUGUGUGUACAUUUGAUGCCGUCUUAUUAAGAAAGGUUUAAACUCCGACACCGUCUUAAUUACAAAUUUCGUCAUAAACUUAUGUAUAAAUAUUUUGUUUCAUAAUAUAUGUCACUCUAAUCAUA